UAUUCUACACGCUAAAUGAGAUGUGAUGCGUUUUAUAACACAUUUUAUUUUCGAAUGGGUAAUUCUACCUCAAAAAAUAAUUAUCACAAUAAUCAAAAGUAUACUAGUCAGUACAGUCUUAGUGAUAUAAUUGGUGGAAGUUGCAUUGGAUCAACACAGUCUUCACAGAAAGAAAUUAAAUCAUGGUCUCGUGCUUCUUGCAGAAGCUGGAGCGAAGGCACAUUAAAUGACCCAUUGGGUAGUUCAAAGACAUCAUGGCCUGUAUCACGUACUCAAGCUAUGUUUCUUCCAGAAUUUCAAAUAACAAUACCUUUACAACAUGCUUAUACAUUUGUAAGCAUAAUAGCCAAAGGAGCUUAUGGAAAAGUAUAUAAAAUUCAAAAACAAGAUACUGGACAAUUUUUUGCUUUAAAAAUAAUUAAUAAAGCAAAAGUAGUUGCCGAAAAUGGUAUAACACAAGCUAAACAAGAAGUAUCUAUACAGAGAUUGGUUGGUCACCAUCCAUUUAUAUUAGAUUGUUCUCAUAGAUGGCAAGGAAGAAAAACACUGUAUAUAUUAACUAAUUAUAUUGGAGGAGGAGAAUUAUUUUCAUUAGUCGAACAAUGUGGCUCUUUGCCAGAAAAUAUAGUUAGAAUAUAUGUAGCAGAAAUUGCUUUGGCAAUUGAUUUUUUGCACAAUGCUGGUGUAGUACAUAGAGAUAUAAAAGCUACAAAUGUUUUAUUAGAUGAAGAAGGUCAUGCUGUAAUUAUUGACUUUGGUCUUGCAAAAUGGUUAAAUCACACAGAAAGAACACAUACGCUUUGUGGAACACCAGAAUAUAUGGCACCAGAAAUAUUCAAUAGACAAUAUUAUGGUCAAGAAGUUGAUUGGUGGUCAUUGGGAGUAUUGACUUGUUUUAUGUUUACAUAUCAGGUAUGA